GCUUAUUAAUCUCUAAUCAGAACAAACGGAUAACAGCGGAGGAAACAAGUUCAGAAUCAAGAACCCCUGAUUGCAAGGUUGCUUUCAUCAAUUACUACUCAGCAGGUACUGAUAUAGCAAAGACAGGGUGAAAAGAAAUAGAUGUGAAAAUGGCUCAUUUACUUUCCACUUCUUGCCCAUUGAACAUUUCCUCAUCCCCCAAAAAUGGCCCCAACUCAUUGAAACAAAGUUUAGCUUCAUUACCUACUUCACUCACUUUACGUACUUCAUUUGAACCAUUCAGAAGCCUUUCCAUACACAGAAAGAAUCCACAGAGACUUUUUUCAGUAUGUGCAACCACUCUUCAACAAGCGGAAACAAAGACUGGGUCUGGCUCUGACCAGAGCUCUGGUGAACAGUCAAGGCCAACCCGUGUGAUGGUUAUUGGUGGGGAUGGUUAUUGUGGUUGGGCUACUUCCCUCCACUUAUCCAACAAAAACUAUGAAGUUGCUAUUGUUGACAACCUUGUUCGCCGCCAUUUUGACGACCAACUUGGGCUUGAUUCACUUACACCCAUUGCAUCCAUUCAUGACCGAAUCAGAAGAUGGAGAUCGCUCACCGAAAAAGACAUAAAUCUAUAUAUUGGUGAUGUUUGUGACUUUGAGUUCUUAUCAGAGGCAUUCACUUCCUUCAAACCCGAUGCUGUGGUCCAUUUUGGAGAGCAAAGAUCUGCACCUUACUCCAUGAUCGACAGAUCAAGAGCUGUGUACACCCAACAGAACAAUGUUCUUGGCACACUUAAUGUCUUAUUUGCUAUAAAGGAAUAUGGUGAGGAUUGUCAUCUCGUGAAACUUGGGACAAUGGGAGAAUACGGAACACCAAAUAUAGACAUUGAGGAGGGAUAUAUAACCAUAACUCAUAAUGGCAGAACAGACACUUUACCUUACCCGAAACAAGCUAGCUCUUUCUACCAUUUGAGUAAAGUACAUGAUUCAAACAAUAUCGCGUUUACUUGCAAGGCGUGGGGGAUAAGAGCAACUGAUUUGAACCAGGGUGUGGUGUAUGGUGUGAGGACAGAUGAGACCGCGAUGCAUGAAGAACUUUACAACAGAUUUGACUAUGAUGGAAUAUUCGGAACAGCGUUGAAUAGAUUCUGUGUUCAGGCAGCCGUUGGCCAUCCCCUUACUGUUUAUGGCAAAGGAGGCCAGACUCGAGGGUACCUGGAUAUAAGAGACACAGUCCAGUGUGUGGAGCUGGCGAUUGCAAAUCCAGCAAAACGUGGUGAGUUUCGGGUAUUUAAUCAAUUUACAGAGCAGUUUUCUGUGAACCAACUUGCGUCACUCGUUACAAAAGCUGGAGAGAAGCUUGGAAUAGAAGUGCAAACCACAUCUGUGCCCAACCCAAGAGUUGAAGCAGAGGAACAUUACUACAAUGCCAAGCACACCAAACUCAUUGAAUUGGGACUCCAACCACAUCUCCUUUCGGACUCACUUCUCGACUCACUACUCAACGUUGCUGUUCAGUUCAAAGACCGAGUCGACAUCAAACAGAUCAUGCCCAGUGUUUCUUGGAGAAAGAUUGGGGCCAAGCCAAAAACUGUAUCUGCUUAGGCCUGUAAUAGAGAGCCGUGUUGUACCUGAUGAAUUAUGCUUGUAGUUGUGGGAAUGUCUCAGAACUGGAUUAUUUUAAAAGACUUGUGCUGCAACAUACUUAAAAAUUGUGGCCUCUGCGCGAAAAAAAUUCAUGCGGAAUCAUAUGUACAGAUGUUUUUUGGUUAACGUAUAUGCUCUUUAAAACC